AUGCAAGCCGAGCCCCGCAAGUUGAAACGAACGGCGAACGCGUGUCUCCGUGACUUGCAGACACAGGCCAAAGAGCAGCAUGAGACAACGAAGAAACGAACUCACGAUGUUGCAUUUGAGGAAGUCGAAAAUGUUCUCAAUUCAGAAUCGCGUUCUCCAGGUGCAAACUGGCCCAGUCCAUUUGGUCUGCCCUCGAUGACGAUGAGGAAUACCCACGAUAACCGAUUAUCUCGAUGGGUCUGGCUGGCUCCAACAUCUACGUGGUCUUUUACCGCUCGUCUCACUUUGAUGAUGACCCAAAGACUCCAUCCGGACGUAGCCUACGAUAUUCCCUAUUUUCUUGAUGGGGACAUCUAUCCCCUACAAUGGAAGUCAUCUUCUGAUGCUACUCCUGACAUCAGCGGUCUCCCGUCUAUGGACUAUGCUCUCUAUCUCUUCAACACAGUCAAGUUUCAUCUGGGUCAAACAUUCCGGCUCCUGGACGAAGGGGCCUUCACGACGCAUAUGCAGGAAUUCUACUACGGGGAUGCAGCCAAGAAAGCAGCUGAAAGUCGGCUAUGGUUCGUCCAAUUCUUGCUAGUGCUGUCUUUUGGGAAAGCCUUCCUUGACCAGUCUAGAAAGAGAGACCCACCAGGCGCGGGGUACUUUGUUCGUGCCAUGUCCUUGAUGCCAGAUUAUAGUUCUAUCUGGAGAGAUACUCUUUUGGCAAUCGAGGUCAUGGCCCUAGCAGCUUUGUAUCUUUACUCGAUUGAUCGACGAGAGUCAGGACACCUUUUUGCUAGUCAGGCCAUCCGCAUUGCGCAACUAGAAGGCCUACACACGGAGCUCCCGGAGGAAGAGCUAGGGGCAGCAGCUGUUGAUCGCUGCCGUAAUCUUUGGUGGACACUGUACAUUAUGGACCGCCAUUUUUCGUCAUCACUGGGAAUACCGAUGAUUGUGCAUGAUAGCGAUGUCACGGCACUGAUCGAUUCACCAACACAAUCAUGUCAGAGGAACGCCAUGCUAAGCCUGAGAGUGAGGUUAUCGCGGUUAUUGUCCACAAUCCUUGGCAAUCUAGCUAAGGAGUUGGAAGACUUUAUCAAUACCAAGUUCGCGGGCCCGGUUAACUCCAUGUCAAAGGGGAUGCGCCAUAUCCUCCUAUUGUAUCACGAGUGUGUCAUCGUUGCCACACGACCCCUCCUCCUAGCCAUUCUACGAGAGCGUCUGGACAAACUCGGCCUCCCUUUAGAAUGCUGUCGACGGAUCGUCCCUCUCAUGGAAACACUGAUGUCAACGGGGAUCAACUCAGCGACCAAAAGCCUUCAGUUACUUAAAGCUCUAGUAGAUGAAGGCCUCCUUGAAUCUUUCUUACCCUUCGACCUCGAAUUUACCUACGGCGCCGCUAUCCACCUCACAAUGGCCGGUGCCCUUGUACCUGAAUUAGUCGGACAGCGCAGCUCCAACCAACAAGCACAUCUGAUCCUCGAUGAAAUAAUUAGCAAGGGGAACCGCGUAGCAGAAAUUCGCAAAGCCGACCUGACUCGUCUUGAAAGCUUGUUCGAGGGACUAAAAGAGCGGUAUACGCACGCAGCGAACCACAUCAGUACCGAUUUAGUUCCAGAGUCAAGUGGUGAUGCACAUGGGCAGAAUCAUAGAUCAAGUGACGACGCCCAAUUACCAUGCAUUACUGGGGACAUCAAUGUUGCAGAGGAUGAGCUGCCUGAGCUGGGAUUAACGUCAUACGAUAUAGCGGCUAUCGUGGAUCAGAUUGAUUAUACUGCUAGCCCGUCUUUCUGGCUAGCUCAGGAAAGGGAGGAGUUGUGA